ACUUAAUUUAUUUAUUAUGCACUAAUACUGAGGAAUAUUUUUCAAAGAUCAUUUGUUUGCCUUAUUUGAGAUUAUUUUAAUCAACUAAUAAGUUAUUUUGCAAUAUCAAUUGCUUUGUAUGCAGUGACAAUAUCACAAAAAUUCAGUUUUAAAAAAAAAUUGACAUGUGGUUCGAAGGAAAGAUUUUAGAACAAAAUUUAUCUGAAAACGUUCCAUGCUUAUUGAGCGCACAAAAGCGUAAGAACUGGGAAGAUGGACUAGUGAAUUAUUUAUAGUAUAUUUAAUAUAGCAUCUGGACUAGGAAUUUCAAUUAAAGGACAACGAAAAUGUAUGCUUUAAAAAUUAAAAUUAUAAACAGCGACAUGUCUCAAGAGUAUAUGCAAUCAUUAUACAAGUACCUCACAAACAAUUACUCUAUUGAUCAUAGUAAUAUUAUUAAACAGCAUACAAAACAGCUGGAUAUUGGAGAUUUAAGUUUUCCCAUUCAGAUGAAAUCAUGGCACACUUUUCUUAUAGAAGACAUUUGCAGAGAACGCUUAAAAACAAUUGAGAAAGAUCCUCAACAAUUUGUAUCUGAUUUAAUUUCUGAAAGUGAAAAAUGGCCUAUUCCUAUUCAAACCGUUACAUUGACUUCUGAUCAUUGUUUUCUUAGGUUCAAAAGAGAAUGUGGUUUCAAAGUAACAUUGAAAAAAGUUUUUGAACAAAAUGACAAAUACGGUUAUGACAUAGAUCGUUCUUUUAAUUAUGCAUUUGUGCACAGUACUUCAAAAUUAUCUGAAGACUCACUUACUGAGUUACGAAUAAAAACUGCUAUAGAUGUUUGCAAGAAUUUUUUAUGCAAAUUAGGUUGUACGAUUAAGAAUACCCCAGAUGGUUGUGACUUAAAUUUGAAUAUUUCAAGACAUGUCAAAAAGGAAGAAGAUACAGGACAUCAUGUUUCAUGUGGUGUUGUUUCAGUUUUGGGGGCACCUAGUAAUAAUAUACCUCCUAAAGACUUUAUUGAAAAGCGUUCGUUACAAAUGCAGUUACUUGCUCAGCAUAAAUAUGGUAUACGAUUCUCAAGCAACUGUGAUGCACAUUUACUUUGCAAACAAUUAGGGGAAUCAACAGUUAAAUUUGAAUUAUUACAAGUCAAACUUAGUAAACCAUUGACGGUUAAUAUUGAAAACCAUGCUUCUUGUUCAAGUAAAGGAAUAUCCUUUAUUCUUUAUAAUUAUGCUCGGAUAUCCUCUAUGUGUGAUACUUUUGAUACAAAAGUUUCUGAAGGGAUUUAUCCUGACCUUCCAGCAUUUGAAGAUAUUGACUGCAAACUGUUUUGUAAUAACUUAGAAUGGGAAAUUUUAUAUUGUUAUAUAUUAAGAUUUCCUGCUGUAGUAAACGAUUGUGUAAGAGAUAUUAAAAGUGGAUAUUUUAAUGUACACUAUCUGUGCAAUUUCUUGUCAGGAUUUGUUGGUGUUUUUAGUGUAUACUAUAAAAAUGUCAAAAUUUUAGCGUCUAGUUAUAGACAUAUGUCUUCAUUAAUACAUGCAAGAAUAUAUUUCAUUAAAGCUAUUGAAAUUGUAAUAAAAAACAGUCUCGUUUUGUUAGAUAUUGCACCUGUGAAGCGCAUGUAA